UCCCUCUUCCUUUGAAUUGUUUUGAGUAUUGUACUAGGUGUGCUAGUUCAGAGCUACAAUGGACAAAGAGACGUUGAAAGAUUUCAGGGUGGAGAUCGUUCGAACCUCUGUCGUGCAAUCACCUGUACCAACAAAAGAUUGCACGCUCAAAGGUUCCAACAUAGAUCUCACUGUACCUGCCAUUAGUCCGGGUCACUUCUUUGUUUACAGAGCAGUGCAAGAUAAGACAUACCAAGAGAUUGCAAGCUCGAUUAAGAAGGCGCUCUGUGAGGUACUGGUACUGUUUUAUCCAGUUGCCGGAAGGUUUAUCAUCGGGCAUAACGGUGAGCCUGAGAUAGAGUGCAAUAAUCAAGGAGUGCCCUUCGUUGAAGCUGAAGCCGACGCCGCCAUUAAGGAUCUCGAUUUUUCUCAGCCAAGUUUUACUGCUGCAAAAUUGACUCCUAGGAGGCACCCUCUCCAAGGAGAAUCACCUUAUUGUAUUCCUGUUCUAGCUGUACAGGUGACGAAAAUGAACUGUGGCGGAAUCGUAGUGGGUUGUUGUUUUGAUCACAGAAUAGUAGAUGGAAUAAGCAGUUAUAAUUUCUUUAAAGCAUGGACGGAGGCAGCACAAGGUCUAUCAUCUUCCAUUAUUACGCCUUGCUUUGAUCGCUCACUCAUUACUCCCCGCCACCCUCUCAACACUUGUGCAGUGCGCGUCAUUGAUGGGCAUUACAUGGCACUGCCUUUCUCUGCUCUCGAUCGCACUGAGCCUCCUCCACCCCAAAUUGGCCGCAUCUAUCAUUUGGAUGCUCCUACGCUUCUCCAAUUGCAGGCUCUCGCAAACCAAACUCAAGGAAAAACUCCUGUUGGUAAAUCCAUAACAAAGAUGGAGGCGGUCUCUUCCUAUAUUUGGAAAGUUUUUACUCGAGCCCAAGCUUUGACUUCUUCAGAACCAACCAGAAUUGGUAUCCCGAUUGACGGGCGUGCAUAUCUGAACCUCCCUCCUUCCUACUUCGGAAACGUGAUAGCAAUUCCAUUCAAGGAGAGUUAUGCAGAGCACAUAUUAGAGCAGCCAUUAAGCAAGAUAGCAGAAAUUGUACGCAACGUUAUCAGUGCUUCUGCAAACAGUGAAUAUUUCAGGUCCGUCGUGGAUUGGGUGGAGGAGAAGAGACCAGCAGCGAUGUUAGUGAGAGUUUAUGGGGAGGAAGGGUCUGCUGUGGUGGUGUCGUCGGGAAUGAGGAUUCCAUUGUAUCAAUUUGACUUUGGUUGUGGGAAGCCUACGUUUUCAAGCGUAUAUUUUCCAUGGGGAGGAACAGCAGGGUAUGUGAUGUUGCAGGCGAGCCCCCUGGGAGAUGGGAAUAUGGUGGUGUAUAUGCACAUGGCCGAGAAGGACUUAGACGCCAUUGAAACUGAUCCUGAAUUUCUGUUCGUGAGGGUCAAUCGAAUGAAUUUCUGGUAAGAGAAAUAGUCUUGCAGAAUAGAGAUCCUAAAGGAAAUUCUGUGAGCUUUCAUGG